GAGAGAUGUGUGUACUUAAUUAAAAAAGGAUAGUGAGCGGAUUCAGCCGCUUGCUCUGAAUGCUCUCAGCUUCCCACCGACUCACCCCGACGACCGAGAGAAAAGGACGCCGCGGGAGGGGAGGGAAACGUACAGGAGCUCAGGCUGAUGCAUCUGUGCCUCAGCAUCCAUUUCACAGAGAUUACAGUCGGGAGCAGAGGAGACGGGCGCGCAUUUCUCCGAGAAACGCGGUGGUCUUGCUGAGAGCCGGACAGAACGCAUCUCUCCGGCGCCACAGCGUGUGCCAGGAGCGGAGAGGCUGAUCAGGACGCAGAAGGAAUAUAUACGACCGCGUUAAGUUUUUGGGGGGUCUUUUUUGUUGUUGUGGUGGUGGUUCUUCUUAUUUUCUGGAAGUUGCGCAGUGACAGCAAGAGGGGAAAGAAAGAAGCAAACAAACAAACAUGGGAAUGUGUGGCUACGUGGCGGAGCCUGGGAAAUUCCUGGUCGUCCUCGGACUUAAAUUGCUGCUCCUUGUACCUGCAGGAGUUCCAGCCAGGAGCGGGGACUCUGCACUGAAGGACAACAUCACCGUGAGGCAGGGGGACAGCGCCGUGUUAAAAUGCAGCAUCGAUAGCAAAGUCUCUCGAGUGGCUUGGCUCAACCGCACCACCAUUCUGUUUGCGGGGACUGAGAAGUGGUCUUUGGAUCCCCGCGUCAUCCUGAUGGAGAACAGUGCCAUCACAGAAUACAGCAUUCAGAUCCAAAACGUUAACAUUCACGAUGAGGGACCUUACGUCUGUUCCAUCCUCACCAACAAGAAACCAAAAUCCACAAAAGUGCACCUCAUUGUCCAAGUACCUGCCAAGAUAACGAAUAUAUCGAAGGACGUCACAGUGAACGAAGGCAGCAGCGUCAAUCUGAUGUGCCAGGCGGUGGGACGACCUGAGGCCAGCAUCACCUGGAGGCAUCAGUCACCCAGAGGUGGCCAUAAAUUUGUGACAGAGGGGGAACAUUUGGAGCUGAUCUCGAUCACCAAAGAGCAGUCAGGAAUAUACGAGUGCAUCGCCUCGAACGACAUCUCCAGCUCUGACAUCAGGAGAGUGCAAGUCACAGUCAACUACCCUCCCUUCAUUUCAAAGGCGAGGAGUACGGGCACUCCGGUUGGACAGAGAGGGGUUCUGCAGUGCGAAGCCUCUGCCGUUCCCAGGGCAGACUUUGAGUGGUACAAAGAAGACCGCAGGCUUCUCAAUGGAAUAAACGGUCUUAAGAUAGAGACCCAAGGAAAACAGUCACUGCUCAUCUUUUUCAAUGUCUCAGAAGAAGACUAUGGGAACUACACCUGUGUCGCCAUGAACGCCAUGGGAAACACUAAUGCCAGUAUAAUUCUUUAUGGCCCGGGUGCAAUGCAUGACGUGAACGGGACGCCCAUGUUCCGCUGCUGCUCCCUCUGCCUCCUGCUGACUGUAACCUUAUCCCACCUGCUCAUGUUCUGAUGAAAAAUGUGACCCUCACUCCGAGCUUCUCGCAGCACUGAGCAACAAGAACAGACGAUUUAGUCCUUUGAGAAGAACAGGAAACCAAGAAUGCCACUGGCUCACACUCUUUGCUUUCUUUCGUAUUUCCUUUUACGGCUUUACAUCGGAGUCUGUUCUCUGUCGGUUCACCAAGAGUGACAGGAAACUGUGGAGAGAAGGGAAAAGUUUAAACAUGCACUAAUUUGAUGAUGGUAAAACUACAGAGUUUGUGUGUGUCCACUCCCCCGCCCCCAACCCUCCCACAAGACCUUUUUUUUGUAUGUGAAAUAGGGGAAAAAAAAGAAAAAAAAUGUGUGUUACUGUUGAUAGUUGACUGUUUAUUGCCCAAUAUUGAAGUGUAAAUUCAGAUUAAUACUAUUAUUGUGUGACAUCUGUUCAAUAUCUGUACAGUACCAGUAAGCUUUUUUAAGUCAAUGACAAAAAAAAAGAAAAGAAAAGAAAGGGAAAUAAUGCAAUGUGAUUGUUGAAUUUCACUGUAUUUUUUACAGUUGUAUGCAAAACAGAAAAAAAACGCUGGUCCUCCAAGGCGAUCAGUCGAGAAUACUACAGAAGACACCAUUAUUUCUCAGGCAAAGUCCUAUAGCAUAGUGCAUCCUUAUUUUCUCCUUGAUCAUGGUGUGUGUAGAAAAUGUACAAAGUGAACAGUUAACUCCUGCACUCUGAAAAGGAAUUCAUUUGGGAGAUUUUUUUUUCUUUUUGUUUUUCUCUUUUCUCUCUGAAACACCUCGUCAUCACAGGGUCAUAGCAGCUUCAAGGCACGUUCAUACCCACAGUCUGAAUUUCGAGUCGUGCGACUCACUGGUGUGACUUUUGCUUCAAAACAAAAGCGUUGGGAGGGACGACGGUUCGGUCUGCACGCUGUCGGCUUCACAGCUGACGCCUGCUUGACAGCGUUGCGUCUGGUUUACUUAACGACGUUGUGCUUUUUGCAUUCUUAAUAAGCGUUUCGGUUAUUUUUUUGUCAUUUGUACCUUUUGUUCCCAAACCAUUUUUUGUUCCCCUCUGUGCUCCAGACUCCUUAUUUUGAACAAGCCAAGGUUAUGUCAUCCAUAUCUUCUUCGACAGCCACAGUGGUCCUCAUGCUUCUUUUUUGAGCAUUAGACCUCUAUGCAAACCAGACUUUAUGUUUAGAUUUUACAGCCGUUUUUUUCGACAUUUAAGGGAAAACACACGACAGGUUAGUCCUACUAAAUCUUUAUUCUAUUUAUUUUUACAGUUUAUUGUUUGACAUUUUAUUUAUUGUUGCCGGGAAACGGAAGUAAAUCUUAAAUGUGCAAUGUUCACACUUAAAGCAAUCGUUCCUCUCAAUUCAUUUCGGUAUAAGUAUUAUUGAAUAUCUGGGGCGUUUCUGAUCCGGAUUCCAGUGAGGCUGAGACUUCAGGACGUUCAUGGUUUUAAAUUUCUGUCUACCACAAUGGUGGACGCGUUUGACAUCAAGCAAUUUGAAGCAAACUGUCUCGCCAUAAAUUUCAGAGGGGGGCCGGUGGCAUUAGAAAUAUGUACGUGAGAAAUAUGAGACCAUCUGAAAGACUUUUAGCAAAAGCAGAACAAAAACUAGAAACACUGUAAGAGGAGAGAUAUCUUCUUUUCCAAAAUUGGCUGUAAAUCGUGGUACUGGCAUCUAAGCAUCGUCAGACUUUCAUCAGGAUCUCCUGAGUCAUUAUUCAGGACUGUGAUUGAGACACCUGCGUGGCAUCGGGACAUCCUGGCUUUUUAUUGUCUCGUCUUACCAUCUCCAUCAAACUUCCAUCUUUUCCUGUAUUUAUUAUUCAUUCUACAUUACAUAUAUGCUGUCAUGCUGCAGUCAUGUAAGACUGUGAAAGAAAGAGAGAGAGAGAGAGAGAGAGAGAAAAAUUUAGACUUGAAAUGUUUGUUCUGUCCAGUCAUCCAGUGAGUUAGCUGAAGCUAGCUGAAGAAUUUCUUUGGUUAGAGCGAAACAUCUCACUAAUGUCAACACGUAUGAAUGUUCCCUGUAGCUGCUAUGAAGUGACAUUCAUGUGUUGUGAAUGUGAACUUUUAACCCGAUGUGCCCGACAUCAACAGUGGGAAGCUGUUUUUUCUGGACCGGCGGACUGACGUUCAGGGGACAAAUUUCAGUCGACCAUUUGACCAAGUUCCUGACUGAGAGCUGCAAGCAGUUGCCGACGCGACGUCCCUCCGUCGUUCGCUCCACUCGUGUAAACCUACGAAUAAGAGUCGUGUUAAAGACAAAAAGAACCUGGUUGAGACUUAUGUAUACGGGAGUGUUUUGUACUUUACUCACCUAUGUGCUUGUGACGAUGAUAGUGAACCAGUCAGUUACGGACUACAGUGUCUGGCCAAAAAAAAAGACGUGAAGAAAAAAAUAAUGUUUCAUUUCUUUUUCCAGAUUGGUAUAAUUUUUUUUAUGGAACCGAGAUUGAUGAGACGCUAAGAUAGACCAACGUCUGUAAAGCACAUUAUUGUAUUGUAAAUGUACCUGAACCACUCUUUACACUCAGAUUCAGUCCAGUUGGUCCCAGUCUUUGACUGUGGCCACUUGCUGCAUCACUUCUCCAAAAGGACACCCUUUUGUUUUUUUGGCCAGUCAGUGUAUUUCACAGGAUGUGAUAUCUAUCUCUAGCCGUUUUUUCUAGUUUGUUUUUGUUUGUUUUUUUUUGUUGUUUUUUGUUUUUGUUUUUUGCUGCUAUGACCUCUGCAAACCCAUGUUAAAGGGUCUGUGUCAUUCUUUCCAUUCCAGAUAGAGCAACAUGACAAAUAUUGAUGUCAAUAAUCUUGAAUCACUUUAUUUUAAAUCCCGAUUAAAAAAGAAAAAAAAACAAACUGACUCCAGAAUUUAAGUUGUGUUUUUCCAAAGGUGUGAGCAUCUAUAUCUUCCAUAUAUGUAGAUACCAAAAAUGUACAUACCUUAUAUAGAAAUGCACUUUUUUUUUACUUUUGUCAUUUUAAUAAUUAGAAGAAAAUAGCAAACUUACAAUGACGUUGGUUGUUUUCUUCAGGCUCAAAAAGGAUUUGAAAACUCUCAAAAGUUUCAAACAUUACUUUGUAAAACACAUCAAAUGGAAACUUUGGUCCUUGCUCUGUUUUUUUUCUUUCCCUUUUUCCUCUGUCUGUCCCUUUCAACAUCCGCAUCCCAUGGUACUUUGACCUUUGAGAUUUUCUGCCAACAUCAAAGAUCAUUUUCACACACUGAGCUUGACUUUUUAAUCACGUGUCCAGAUGCCAGCUGUCACAUUAUCAUGUUGCAAAAUAAGCAAAUUGAAUAAGGGAAGCAUAUGUCAAUAUAAUACAGCUAAUGGCUCUAUUAUAUGUGUUCAUGCUAUCUGGUUGCCAUACCCACCCCCUGUCUGUUCUGCCUCCGUUUUCUAUUCGUUCUGAAACGCGUCUUUACCAGAUGUCCGAAACGGCUGCUGAUGGCUGCGCCUGCAAGGUUAAACAACACCGACGACGGUUCCCCCGGCUGUCUGCAGAUGAGACGGAUUAUCUGAAGAUCCAAAGACAAAAGAUUAUUUUCUGUCUUUGGAAGCAU